CAUGUCGCUAUGAAAAGGGUGCCUGGUCGGAAUGCGUUAAUGGUCAAAUGACGAGGCAAGACAUAUUGAAAUCGACAGCAGCAGCCAAUCCGGCAGGCGGAACUGACACCGCCGCAGAGUCCAGCUGUGAGCCGAUGCGUAAUAUCAACAAGAAGUGUAAUGCCGGCGGAGCAAAGAUGGUCAGCAAGGCCAACAAAGAGCGAAAGCAUAAGGAGAAAGGACAGCGCCGAGCACAAAAGCAGGCAUAGUGAGAUUGACGAAACCAAUAAAAAUGUAGCAGCAAUGUGUCAAAUGGACGAAUGCACAAAAUUUUUAUAUUAACUGAUGUAAUUUUACUUAUACAUAUUUUUAAAUAAACAUAAAACCACGAACUAGUGCAUACUUACAAAUAUACAUUAGAAAUUAUUUAGUAC